UAAAUAUUAAAAUACUACAGGCAGGCGCAUCUUCAAUUCAACCGUCGUUUAGAAAUCAAAAUCAAAAUCCAAAAACCUAAAACCUAAAACCUAAAAUCUAAAAACCCUGAACCCUGGGAAGCACAGUAAGUAGUGAUUUCGGACCUCACGAGCCAUCGUCACAAUGUCGAUGUCGAAGAGCUCCAAGAUGCUGCAAUUCAUAAACUACCGCAUGAGGGUGACGAUCCAGGACGGUCGUCAGCUCGUCGGUAAGUUCAUGGCCUUCGACCGCCACAUGAACCUCGUCCUCGGCGACUGCGAGGAGUUCCGCAAGCUCCCUCCUCUCAAAGGCAACAAGAACGAGGAACGCGACGACCGCCGAACCCUAGGCCUCGUCCUCCUCCGCGGCGAAGAGGUUGUCUCCAUGACCGUCGAGGGCCCACCUCCCCAGGAAGAGUCCCGCGCCAAGGCCGCCAGCGCCGCCGCCUUAGCAGGCCCCGGAAUCGGCCGGGCCGCCGGUCGUGGCAUCCCAACCGCCCCGCUCGCCCAAGCCCAGCCAGGUCUCUCCGGCCCGGUUCGCGGCGUCGGCGGGCCCGCCCCCGGCAUGAUGCAGCCUCAGAUUUCUCGGCCGCCCCAGAUGUCCGCGCCGCCCAUGUCCUACCCGGCUGCGCCGGUGAUUCGGCCACCUCCAGGUCAGAUGGCUCCGUACCCUGGACAGGGGCCGCCGCAAAUGGUGCGGGGCCCGCCGCCUGGGGUGCCUCCUCCGCAGUUUGCUAGGCCUGGUGGGCCGGGCCCGCCGCAGCAAUUCCCGGGACCACCACCAAUGCAGUUCGGGCAGAGGCCGAUGGGACCUCCGCCUCAGAUGAUGAGGGGACCGCCGCCUCCGCCCCGUCCUGGAAUGCCUCCUCCCCCCGGUGGUGGUGUUCCUGUGUAUGGACCACCUCGUCCAGGCAUGCCGCCUCCUCCACCCAACCCGCAGAACCAACAGCAACAGUGAUGAUCGGUACUUUUAUCCUAUAUGUUUAGUUUUGUUUGUUUUGAACUCUUGAGUGAAAUCCUGAAUGUUUGUUUGUGGGUGAUGAGGUAGCUGGCUUAGUAAUGUGAAAUGAACCUACUUUCCCUUAUGAUUUAGACUGAAUAGAUGUUUUCAUUUGACGUGUAUGGGAUUUCUAUGUGUUUGAACAAUGAAGUGAAAUUUUUCUGUUGCAAACUUUCUAUUUAGUAUGUUGUAGCUAUGAAAUGUAGGAUGAGAAAAUGUCCAUGUUUUGUGAAUGAGUGGAAUCUCUGUGGGAGAGGAGCAGGACCUU